AGCCACCCCACGCGGCCUGCAACCGUGCAGAAGGCCUCGGUCCCGAUUCUCGCCUUGCCCACCAGCAGCCCACCACCACCACAUCCGCUGAGCCACCCCACGCGGCCUGCAACCGUGCAGAAGGCCUCGGUCCCGAUUCUCGCCUUGCCCACCAGCAGCCCACCACCACCACAUCCGCUGAGCCACCCCACGCGGCCUGCAACCGUGCAGAAGGCCUCGGUCCCGAUUCUCGCCUUGCCCACCAGCAGCCCACCACCACCACAUCCGCUGAGCCACCCCACGCGGCCUGCAACCGUGCAGAAGGCCUCGGUCCCGAUUCUCGCCUUGCCCACCAGCAGCCCACCACCAGUGGCUACACGGCCCCUAGCGAUGGCGCCAAUGGCUCGUUGGUGGUAA